GGAAAAUCUGGACCGCACUAAGAACCAAUCAGAUUGCAGGAUUCGUUACCGUGCCCUCUUGGGAAAAAAUAAUACUUGAUAUGAUGAGUCCCCUGUCUUUGUCUUUUAAGAUAAAGAAACUUGUCAUCAGAACACUUUGGUACUGACACAUCAAAAUGGGAAAUUUCCCCAUAUAGACUGGUGACAUUACGAUUAUUUUCUGAGAGUCUUUUAAGACAUUAAAAUGUCUUUACCUCCACUAGCACAAAGUAGUCAAUAAAGUUGUGUAUGCUCUUAUGUUACUUUGUUCUUGUUGCCUGUUUACGACAGAUGUUUUACCAGCCUCUGUUACACUGCUGAUGGAAAGUGCAUCUUGGCAGGAGGCAGAUCUAAGUUUGUUUGUAUAUAUCAUGUUGAUCAACAGAUGCUGUUAAAACGAUUUGAAAUUUCUACCAACCUUUCUUUAGAUGGCAUGAAGGAAUUUCUUCACAGUAGCAACAUGACAGAAGCUGGGCCAAAAGACCUUAUUGAUGAUAAUGAUGAUGCAAAUAAUGAUGAUCAAUCUAUUUCUUUACCUGGUGUGUUAAAAGGUGAUAUGAGCUCACGCAGAACCUUGCCAGAAGUCAGAGUGAAUUCACUGCAGUUUUCACCCACAGGUCAGUCAUGGGCAGCAGCUUGUACUGAAGGGCUAGUCUUAUAUUCUUUGGAAUCUGAUAUUGUAUUUGAUCCAUUUCAACUGGACUGUGACAUAACCCCUGACAAAAUCCUGCAAGCUAGCAUUAACAAGGAACACACCAAGGCACUGGUAAUGAGCCUCAGAAUAAAUGAACUAGGCUUGGUUUGUCAAGUUAUGGAGGAAGUGAAACCUAGGGAUAUUGCUUUGGUGAUACAGUCUUUGAGGGAACCCUUUACAGAACGACUGUUGCAGUUCAUUGUGUUACAGUUGGAGAAGUCACGUCAUCUUCAUUUUUACCUUUUAUGGUGCCAUCAAUUAUUAACUGUCCAUGGGCAAAAACUGAAGCUGCUGGUCAGUAAACUGUUGGUUAUGUUGCGUAGUUUGCAAAAAAGCGUGACAAGACAACAACAGGACCUCAAUAAAGUCUGUUCAAGUAACACCUAUGCCCUCACCUACAUCCUAGCCUGUGCUGAUAUACUUAAAGGCGACAGUAAGGGCAGUUCUGCCAUAGAAACAUCAUCGAUGCUUGUGGCUUCUGACAAUGACCUGGACAAUCUAUGAAGGCUUCACAAAUCCCUCCUUGAAAUCACGUGUGAACGAACAAUACGAGAUCACUUCCGACCUUCUGGAGAUUUCACAUUAAAUAAAAAUUUUAACUCGUG